AAUCCAUUAGUGGGAACCCGAAACCCUACAUUAUCCCUAGUACCACCCCUUUCAUCAACAUCUUCUUCUUCUUCUCCUCCUCUUUGUUUCUCUAUUUUUUUCCCUUCCUUCUUCCGAAUAAAAAGAGUCAACAGACAGUGACACACUCAAAAACUGCUCCGGACAGACAUAUAUACAUAAGCAAUACACGUGUAUGUGUCUACACGUAUUUAUCAUCAUCAGAAGAAGAAUAGUAUUUUAGCUAAUAAUCGGUCUGUCUUUUUGAUAAUUUAGGGCAACAGAAAAGAGGGAUUUGUCAAAUCUUGAUUUUUCCGAUUUUUAAUCGGCGAAGAAGAUAGCCAAAUUAUGGCGGCGGAGAGUUCGUCGUCCUCCGCUAGUAGAUCUAGUAGCAACGCCACCGCAGAUUCAUACAUCGGGAGUUUGAUUAGUUUGACUUCGAAGAGCGAGAUCAGAUACGAAGGCAUUCUGUAUAAUAUUAAUACUGACGAGUCCAGCAUCGGCCUUCGCAACGUGAGGGCAUUUGGAACAGAAAAUCGUAAAAAAGAUGGGCCACAAGUGGCCGCCACUGACAAAAUCUAUGAGUACAUUCUUUUUCGAGGAAGUGAUAUCAAGGAUCUGCAAGUGAAAUCAUCCCCAUCUGUACAAACUACCCCAUCUAUAAACAGUGACCCGGCUAUUAUUCAGUCUCACUAUCCUCCCUCAGCCCCCACAUCAACGGCCCUGCCUACAGCUACGAGUAUAACAGCAUCUGAGGCUGGUUCGCAUUCAACACCGCUGGGACACCCUGGGUCAACUUAUCCCGGUGGCCUUCCUUUAUAUCCGCCUGGUGGUAAUCUGAGCUCUUGGGGCCCUUCUCCUCCACCAAAUGCAAAUGGAAGUGGUCUUGCAAUGCCAGUGUAUUGGCAGGGAUAUUAUGGUACUCCUAAUGCGCUUCCCCAGCUGCAUCAGCAGCCCUUACUUCGACCACCCAUGCCCCCGAACAUGCAGCAGAUGCCUUAUCCUGGUUUUAAUACAUCUUUACCAACUAACCAAUCAAGCUUGCCAGGUUCAAAUUUGCCUUUAUCAACUGGUGUAUCGAACUUGCAAGGUUCAAAUUUGACUUUACCCACUAGCACAUCGAACAUGCCAGGUUCAAACAUGCCUUUACUUGGUGGUGCACCAAGCUUGCCCGCUUCAAAUUUGCCUGAAUAUCCUCAUAUAGUCCCUCCAGUUAGUAAUUCCCUUAGUUCAUCUCCUGCUCUGCCAGCUUCUACUUUGCCUCUGAGCAUCCCUCCUAUGCAACCGUCAGCACUUGGAUCUGACAACUUGGGCUUGAAUAAGGCUCCUGUUAAUCGUAUUCUCCAAAGUGGUGUUUUGCCGUCUCUGGCUCCUCUGGCAACCUCAAGUCCAGAUUUAAGCUCAGUUCUGCCUUCAGUUCCUAGCAAAUCCAAUGCUGUUUCUGUUCCUGUGUUGCAACAUCAAAAUACCUCUGAACCUUCGACCACUGUCAUUGGUACAUCUAGCUCAAUCUUAACAGAAACGGCCACACCUUCUCUGAUAACUCCUGGGCAACUAUUGCAAACAGGGUCAAGUUCAGUUUCAUUGAAUCAGACAUCGGUAACAGCUCAAAAGGAUGUUGAGGUAGUACAAGUAUCAACAACUUCACCAUCAGAAGCGCCAGUUCCUGUCUCAACGGAAGCUCAGCCUCCCAUAUUACCAUUGCCAACACCUACUCGCUCCUACAAGCCAAAUGGAGGUCCUCAUCACAUGCGUCACAACUAUCGUGGUCGUGGGGGAAGAGGAAGUGGGGUAAGUAUUCUCCCAAUUAUGCUUCAUCCAGGAUGGUCUUCAAGUUCUUCUGGCUGCUGCAUUAUCUUUAGUCUCUAUUUCAAUUAUUUUUGUGAUAGGCCGUCAUAUGGGACUUUUGUUUAUCUUUUUCUUGUACAACAAAUGGCUUGUUGUUGCUGUUUCAACUUUGCACUUAUUUAUAUAAAAUUGCUUAGUGGAGUCUUGUUACUUUCAAAAUUAAUAUAUAAUCUAAUGAUGGGUGUGCUUGACUUGAUUUUCCAGAUAUCACGUUCUACGACCAAGUUUUCUGAAGAUUUUGAUUUUGAGGCCAUGAAUGAGAAGUUCAACAAAGAUGAAGUAUGGGGUCAUCUUGGUAAAAGUAGCAAAUCACACUUGAAGGACAAAGACGGUGAUGGAAUUGGCAGUGAUGAAGAUGAUCUUCAUGAUGAAUACGAUGCUGAGUUACCACAAAUUGAGAUCAAGCCCCUGUACAACAAGGAUGACUUUUUUGAUUCGCUCUCUUCCAACAUUGCUGACAAUGACACCAAUCACAAUAGGCCUAGGUUCUCAGAGCAGAUGAAGUUAGACGCUGAGGUAAAUGACUGUUUGCUGUUUCCUGUUGUUAUUAAGGUUUUACUUGGUUUACAUGCUAAUAUGCGUUUGAGUGCAGACAUUUGGAGAUUUUUCAAGGUAUCGUGGUAGAGGUCGGGGUCCAUACCGUGGUGGAGGGCGUUCUCGAGGUUAUGGUUAUGGAAGAGGCGGCUAUGGUUAUGGCUAUGUUCCUAGGGGCCGUGGGCGAGGAGGCGUACAGCAUCGUGCUUUCUAGAAUGCAUUCAGGAGUUCCCAGCUAGAAGCCCGAGUUGUUCUCCUCGUCUGCUGAGAGACUGGAAGAUAGUACUAUGCUUGUAAUGUUUGUGCAUGUUAGAGUCAGCCGGUAAAAAAUAAAAAGGAGGACACACAUUGUCCUUGAUUGUUUCCUCCAUUUUCUGUUUGUUUGACCAUUUUUCAGUGAUUUUACUUUGUAAGUUUUACUUCAGCUACCAAAUUGCUUAGCACUCUAGUAGGCUCUAGCAUGUAAUGGUAUGUCCAACUUGAUUGGAUUUGUUUAGGUGGAGGUUGUUUACGAAGACAGCCCCCUUAGAUUAUUGCAGGAUUGUUUUGGAAAGAAGUUAUAAGACCGGUUUUUUUUUUUUUUUUUUU